GUAGCUCCCCAGUGACACGAGCAUGGAUCCUCGUGGGCCCUCCAUCACCUUCUUCCUCCUCCUUCUCUUCCCCUUCCAAGUUGCAAAACUCCUGGACAUCCAGUGAAGCUGAAUGUUGGACGAUUCAGGACAGACAAAAGAAAGGGCUUCUUCACUCAGCACACAGUUAAACUAUGGAAGUCACUCCACAAGAGGUUGCGAUGGCCACCAACUUGGAUGUCUUUAAAAGAGGAUUAGACAAAUUCAUGAAGUCCUAAAACCUGCCUCACUACCCACCUAACCACGAAUCCACCCCUCCAGAACCAACAAUCAACCUCCAACUGUCCUUCUCUCAUUUAUACCUUCAACCACCCAGAAGCUCAGCCAAUCACAGCUCAGCAUUCCUCAACAUUCCAACCCAGGACUGAACGCCACAGAAGAGAGCCGAAGCCAAUUGCUCAGCAAGCACAUGGGGGAGUCAGUCAUGCUUGACCUGAAGAUUCCCCCAGAGAUCAACACCACGUGCCUCUUAAACUGGAAAUCUCUUGCCAGGAGGGAGGCGGUGGCUCUGUGGACUCCAGGAGGACCCGUCAGCGUAGUAAGCAUAGCGUAUGCUGAGAGAGUGAGGUUCUUCAGUGAGAACGGUUCUUUGCAAAUCCGCAGCUUGACCAUGGCCGACGGGGGAGACUACGAAGUGGUGAUGGGAGUCGUCCCCAACAUAACAGUGUUAAAGAAUUACACGCUCAUCAUAUUUUGCAUUCGAAUCACCAAAAAAUGGUGGGAACUCAGCACCUGCAGUUUGUCCUGCGAAUUGAGCACUGGGGCCAAAGUCAACAUGACGUACACCUGGACCCACAUGGAGUCAGGAACCCCCUUUGCCCACAGCAGGUGGGUCAACAUCACCAUGCACCCUGGCGAUGAAGAGAAGUCCUACACCUGCACUGCAGAGGCUCUUGGUGUCCAGAGAAACUACAGCAUCUUCCCCUACAAAUACUGCAGCUACAAAGCUUCAGGCCUCUUCAUGCUGCUCUGCUACUGCCUUGCAAAGGUGGUCCUCAACCCUGUUCCCCUGUUCUUCCUCUAUUAUCAUCAUUUCAAGAGAGCCAAAUCCACGCAAAAAACUGUAGGAACGGAAAACCCCGAUGUGGAAUAUGACGAAAUCCGUGAAAUGGAUUGUGAAACUGAUAUCAUGAAUUAAUGUGUACAUGGAAAAGUGAUAUACAGGCGAUCCAAGUUCGCAGCUGCUUCCCCCUCCCGCAAAGGCUUCAAACCAUUAUUUUCAGGUUGCUGUCCUAAUCCUGCUUACAAGGGAGUAAACUGCACUGAGCUCAAUGGGACUUGCCUCUUCUGAGUAAAGAGGUCUUGCUUGCUCAGUCUGUUUAGCCACUGAUGCCAAUCUCCAGAGCUUAAAAGUUGGAGAAGGCCCCGCAAUUCUUGGUAAUUCAUAAAAAUGGUUGCAGACAUCAAGGUACAGAAACUUUUUGAUACCCUAAUCAAACACUCAACCGGUUGGUGGGAAACACAUUCAUCCCCCAAAUAAUUUUUUGCUACAAAAACACACACACACACACUCUUACCCCAUUUCCAGCAAUCAGACACAAAACCAGCUGUAGGUUGAUUAGAUGUCCAACAAGGUUGUCAUUGCCAUUUUUGUUAGAAACUAGAAGCCACCAAUGUUUACCUGGAAAUCUUUAUGUAGGCUGGAAGGUGGGUUAAGGAUGGGGCAGAAAUGUGAUUCAUUUUGCAUUGAAAAGCAAACCUCCCUAAUUCGUAGUUUCCAAAAUGAUAAACAAACCAAAACACAGCCACUGUUUGAGAUUUGCACUUCUCCAAAUUCUGCCAUGCAGUUCUCCAGCCAAGUAAUCUGUAUGAAAAU